AGAAAAGGUUCGUCCUCCGUCCGUCUGCCACCCGCUUCGCCCCACCACACCACACGGCACACGUCCGCCUGCCAGCACCACCCCGGGAUCCGACGCCUUGGAAACUGGAAUAUCCCCCUCCCCCACCAUUCAUCCUCUCCCCCUUCCUCCUCGUCGAGCUCACUGCCCACCCUAAUGGCGGCCUUCCCUCUCCUACUCCUCCUCCUCAUCUUGCCCUCCUCCCGCGCCGACGCCGUGGUGUCGAGGAUCGCCUUCGGCUCCUGCGCCAACCAGAGCGCGCCCCAGCCCAUAUGGGGCGCCGUGGUGGGGUUCGACCCGCAGGUUUUCGUCUGGCUCGGGGACAACGUCUACGGCGACAACAAGCGCCCGUUCCGGGUGAUCGGGAGGGAGCGCACCGUGGGGCCAUGGAAGAACGUGCCGCGGUUCUACCCGUCGACCGAGGAGGAGCUGCGGAGGCGCUACGUGCUCGCCAAGGCACAGCCGGGGUACGCCAGGCUCAGGAAGAGGGCUCAGGUUAUUGGGACAUGGGAUGACCAUGAUUAUGGAUUGAAUGAUGCAGGAAAAGAAUUUGAUGGGAAAGUGUUUACUCAAAGGCUUCUGUUAGAUUUCUUGGAUGAAGCUGAAGAUAGCUCACGGAGGAAACAAGCUGGUGUUUAUACCUCAUAUAUGUUUGGCCCUGAAGGAAAACGGGUGAAGGUAAUUAUGUUGGACACCAGAUAUCACAGAGACCCACUAUUAAGUGAUGGAACUAUUCUGGGAGAUCCUCAAUGGCAGUGGCUGGAGAGGGAGCUUCAUGGCCCUCACUCAGAGAUCACCAUCAUUGGAUCUUCUAUCCAGGUAGUGUCUAAUCUUUCUGCCACCACUGAACCUUUGUUCUAUGUGGAGUCCUGGGCGCGCUUCCCAAGGGAGAGAGAAAGGCUUUUCAGAUUGAUCGAAAGCAGUAAGAGAACUGGAGUGAUAUUUAUUAGUGGUGAUGUUCAUUUUGGAGAAAUCGCUAGGUUUGACUGUGGAGUUCAAUAUCCAUUGUACGAUGUUACUUCAAGUGGUCUUACCCAAUCUGUCGAGAAUUCUGUGCCAGCAUUAUUUCAACCUCUGAUGAGACUUCUUGCAGUACUAACACCGACUACCAUGCGAGUCUUAAGCCCUUACUGCCGGUACAAAUCAUGCACAUGUGGCCAACCUAAUUUUGGAGCUAUUGAAAUUGAUUGGAAUGCUGUACCUCCGCAGAUUAAACUUGAACUAAGAGAUGUUCAAGGCCAUUCUGUUCACAUUGUGGAGUUCCCUAUAUCUGAAUUGCAGCCAUCAGAUGCACAUGUAACAAAAAAACAAGCACAUACUUUUGAACGGCAUUGUACUCUCGAAACAGAGCUUCCAUGGCUAACACGAUACAGGCUUGCUCUGCUGUUCUUUGGCACUAUAGCUGUUUUUGUAAUAGCUGUGGUGCUGCUAGGGAUCGCCUGCUUGUCAGCUACUAAUAUGUUGAGCAAAAAAUCCAAGAAAGAAUAGCUAUGAGGUGCUGGGGACAGAAAGGAAGAUUCUCGGCCCAGCUACACUCUGAAGCUGAAUUUCACACUGACCAGGAAUACUGCAGACUCUACCCCGAGUGGGCAAGAAUCAACAUGACACUUCACUAUCAUCAGUGCACGAAGCUGUGCAAUUUACACAGCAAACAUUGGAUAGAUGUAACGAACAAGUAACGUACAAUCUUGUACUGUCUCUAUAUAGCAUGUUGAAUCGCUGUUUGUACCUUCAGCUACUUCGGUUUUUUAUGGGCAUACUGUUUCUGGCUGUUUU